CGCCCGCCUUCCCUCACAGCCCGCCCGCCGCUCCCCCCGCCGCCGCCGCCUCUCCUCGCCGGCCUCCCGAUGCCGAGGAAUGGAUAGAGCGGCUGCCCUGCGAGCCGCCGGCAUGCUGGAGAGGAAGGAGCGGAGCAGCGGCGAGGCGGCGGCCGGCGGCGGCGGCGCGGGGCCCCGGGCGGGUCCGGGUCCGUGCCCGGCGGCGCGGGGCUUGCCGGCUGUGCGGAGCACGCUGCAGCAGUGCGGGCUGCUCCAGGACCUCAUCGACAUCUCGCUGUCCAACCUGCGCGGGCUCCGCACCAAGUGCGCCGCCUCCAACGACCUCACCCAGCAGGAGAUCCGCACCCUGGAGGUGAAACUGAUCGACUACAUCCACAGACAACGGCAGUGUAAGCUGAGUGUGCCCCUGAACGACAGGACAGCAGAGCUCAACAGCUACCCAAGAUUCAAUGACUGGUUAGACAUUGUCAACGUGAGGAAAGAAGUUGUACAGAGAAUACCGGAGGAACUAACCUUAGAUGCCUUACUCGAAAUGAAUGAGUCAAAGGUGAAAGAAACAAUGAAGAGAUGUGGUGCCAGAGAUGAAGAGUGCUCCAGACUCAAUGGGGCACUGAGCUGCUUAAGGAAGGUGACUGAAUCAGGUGGGGAGUUAAAAGAUGAUGUGCUGAUGAAUCUUCCUGAGGCACGCCGAGAGAACAGCGCUACAAACACGACCGAGUCCCCUGGCUCCUCUGCACCUGCACGGACUCACGCUGCACUGAACCUUCCCAAGGGCAAUAGCCAGCAGGCACGGUCUGUGUCAGUGUCUACAAUCACGUCUUCAGAUUCUGUCUUCUCUAGUCAUGGACCUUCUAUCUAUGCAGAUAACCUCCUGGACCCUUUUGCCUUCCCUGCACACAGUGGAAGGUUAACACCAAGGACUCCUCAUAGCAUCACCAUCACUCCCCCAACCACUCCUCAAGCGAAGAGGAGGCAUAAGUUGAAGCCACCACGGACUCCUCCUCCCCCUUGCCGGAAGGUUUUUCAGCUGCUACCUAACUUUCCAGCCCUCACAAGGAGCAAGUCCCACGAAUCACAGCUGGGAAACAGGAUAGAUGACGUUCCCCCAAUAAAGUUCGAACUCUCCCAAGGAUCCCCUCAAACCGUACAAAGAGAUUUUGGCUUAGCUGUAACGCACAGGUUCUCUACAAAGUCUUGGUUAUCUCAGAUUUGCCAAGUCUGUCAGAAAAGCAUGAUGUUUGGGGUGAAGUGUAAGUACUGCAGAUUAAAAUGUCACAACAAAUGUACUAAAGAGGCACCUGCUUGCAGAAUAUCCUUCCUCCCGAUAACCAAAAUAAGGAGAACAGAGUCUGUCCCUUCUGAUAUCAAUAAUCCAGUAGACAGACCAACAGAACCACAGUUCGGAACUCUUCCCAAAGCACUAACGAAAAAGGAGCAUCCACCAGCAAUAAAUCAUCUGGACUCCAGCAGUAAUCCCUCUUCUACAACCUCUUCCACACCAUCUUCUCCAGCACCUUUCCAGUCUUCCAAUCCUCCUAGUGCAACACCUCCCCCAAACCCAUCUCCCAUGGGCCAGAGGGAUGGAAGAUUUAACUUCCCAGCUGCCUACUACAUUCAGCAUAGACAACAAUUUAUCUUCCCAGAAAUUCCCAGUACUGCACAAGUAGCACAGCCUUCAGAAACAGCUGCAGACACUAAAGCCGAGGAGCAGCCAGACACAGAUGGAGUUGAAUGUGAAGCAGAGGUAGAAGAACCAGAGAGUAAUAAAUCGGAACCCGAAUAUGAUGAAGAUGAGGUGGAAGAUCUGCCAAACAGACGGCCACGCUUGCAAGGGAUGAUUUAUCGCAAACCUAGCCAGACCAGCGUCUACCUGCAAGAAUGGGACAUUCCCUUUGAACAGAUUGAACUAGGGGAUCCUAUCGGCCAAGGGCGAUGGGGGAAGGUUCACAAGGGGAAAUGGCACGGAGAAGUAGCCAUCAGGCUGUUGGAGAUAGAUGGGAACAACCAGGAUCAUCUCAAGCUCUUCAAAAAGGAGGUGAUGAAUUACAGACAGACCCGGCAUGAGAACGUGGUGCUUUUCAUGGGAGCAUGCAUGAACCCUCCUCAUUUAGCAAUCAUUACCAGCUUCUGCAAAGGAAGGACUCUUCAUUCAUUUGUAAGGGACCCCAAGAUAUCCCUGGAUAUUAAUAAAACCAGGCAGAUAGCACAGGAGAUCAUUAAGGGCAUGGGCUACCUUCACGCCAAGGGGAUUGUACAUAAGGAUCUGAAAUCCAAGAAUGUUUUCUAUGACAAUGGAAAAGUUGUGAUCACAGACUUUGGAUUAUUUGGGAUUUCAGGUGUGGUUCAGGAAGGAAGGAGGGAGAAUGAAUUGAAGCUGCCUCAUGACUGGUUGUGCUACCUGGCCCCUGAAAUUGUUCGUGAGAUGGCCCCUGGCAAAGAUGAAGACAAGCUACCCUUUUCCAAAGCUGCAGAUAUCUAUGCUUUUGGGACUGUGUGGUAUGAGCUCCAAGCAAGAGAAUGGCCCUUCAAGAACCAGCCUGCAGAGGCACUCAUCUGGCAGAUUGGAAGUGGUGAAGGCGUGAAACAAGUUCUUGCAACCGUUAGUUUGGGGAAAGAAGUGAAUGAAAUUCUCUCAGCAUGUUGGUCAUUUGAUCUCAGCGAGAGACCCAGCUUCACUGUCCUCAUGGAUAUGCUUGAAAAACUGCCAAAAUUGAAUCGUCGUCUCUCCCAUCCAGGGCAUUUCUGGAAGUCUGCUGAGUUGUAGCUACUGGUGCAAUAAUGGGUUCCACCUUGCAUGCUUCCAUCUGUUGCAUCCUAACCAGCAACUUGGACAAUCACCUUCCAUUUAAAAAAGCGAAAACAACCACGAAAUUAACCCACGGACAUAAUCAACACUUUAUCCGAAUUCUCCUUUUCUGCCUUUUUCUGCUUGGUGUGGGCUGUUAGCUUGAAUAACAACUGUCUGCAAGAAGUCACUGUCUAACAACGGGGCCAUCUCCCACCUCUGAAGCAUUUCCUCGGGCUGUAGCUCCCUCCCGGAGAGGGCCUGGUGAUCUGCUCGCUGACUAACCAGGUGCACGCAGCGGAGGGCCGGGCGUCCUGCCCAGCAGGCUGGGGGUUUGCUGACACGGGCGGGAUGUGCAGGUGCCCCAGGUCUCGUGAGGCAGAAGGGUGCCUUUCCUAGCUGCAGUCUGAGCUUGUGCGUGUCAGCCCUGGUGCAGGGCUGGGGUUUGUGACCAAACAGAGCAGGUGCAUUUUCCAUCGGCACAGCUGACAACUGAACACGUCACUUGUGUCGCAAACCUCCCUGACUCAAGGGCCAGAGUGCGCCGGUCCUCCUGUGGGAUGAGAGCCAGCAUUGCAUUGAACUGAGGGGCAGUUUUUGCAGGGGGUGCAAGGGUAAUUCUUGCAGGAAAAGAAGGCUGCUCCUUGCUCUGCUUGGGGCAGAUUGCAGUUCCCUCGCCUACUUGGGAAUGGGCCCCCGGUGGUGCCCAAAACUGGCCCGCGUGGGUUGGCUGAGAUCAGCUACAGUGCUGUGCAAGAGGAGGAAAGUCCCUCAGUCCCUUCAGUCCAUCUUUGUCCUCCCCUUGCAAAUCCCAUGUUUUGAAUUCUAUGGUUUGCUCACGUUUACGUCCUCCGUUCAGCAAAAUGCCUGACUUCGCAUUAGGAGCUUUGCAGAAUUGUAGGUACAAUUACGUGCCUUUUUGGAAAAGAUCUUUUUUCAUUCCUUAUUAAUCCAUGAUUCUGAAAAAAAAUCUUUUUUUAAGGGGAAAGGAUAGGGACAGAGGAGGGUAAGCACCAAGAACCAGAGAGGUUUUUACUCUCCUCGGCGAGGACAAAUAUAUCCACAUAUUCAUUCUCUUUGAAAGUUGCGUGCUUGCACACAACUGUGAAAAGAAUGUAUUGAGGCUGUCUGCUUUGCUGCCACCUGAGUGCAUACCUCUAAGAAGGCAUUUUGAAGUGAAAAUGUUUACAGCUAUGCUAACAGCUUCAGGGUGAAGGAAGAGACAUCUUUAUUCACUUGCUACAGUCUAUAAAGAGGAGCAAAUGGGUUUUUUGAAGUGAUCGACGUACCUUGUCAAAACACUCCCUUUCCCUUAAAAAAACCAAACAACAAUAAAAAAAGCUAAGUAAUUUUUUCCUUCCCUUUUUAUUUCAAGGAAAGCGAAAGCCUGUUGAACACAGGUGUCAGGCUUCUCCCCACCUUAGGUAUUUAUGAAAGUCUCCUGCUUCUCCUGUUCAGUUGUUUUUCACUAAUGAGGUUAGCAUAAGUAAGUUGACGUUUGCUGCUUAAUUUCUUAAAAUGCUUUGCUGGGUGCUCUGAAGUCGUAUGAGACCAGAACCCAACCCAUUUAAUUUCUUUUUAUGUGACUGUAGCUUUAUGGGGAAAAAACAGCAACGGAACAAAAAUAAACAACUCUUUCCCUUUCCCUUCCCCCUCUUUUCAGCAUUAACAGUAGCAAAGUUGUCCUGCGUUUUGAAAGAUUUGGCUUGGGAAUCCUGGAACCAAGUAAUCAAAAGAUAUAGCACGGUGUUUAAUUGCCUUGUGAUAAUGUUGUCCACCUACUUACACAAAGCAUCAGAAACCUUCACUGAAUCUUCCAAGCUACGAAACCGGUGCAGCCACAGCUGAAAGCCACACGACCAUCAGUUCACAGGCCUGUGUUGUUUGCGAAGUCUGAAUUCCGCCUGAGCACCAGCAGUUAUUUAAGGAAUGUUUACAUGAUACUUUUGUGUGAACUAUAUUUUUAAAACAUAAUAAAAGUGAAUCGAGUUUAACUACAGCCAUUCAAAUAGCACUGAAAAGAAACCAACCUAUUUCUAGUUCCUUCUUGCGUCUGCGGUGUAAAUAAGAGCUAUCUUCUGCCUUCAAAGCAUUUGUUUUCCCUAAGACGGAUGGAACUGGCUUCUUUCAGAACAGCUAUGCAUCUCAUACAAGGUGUUGAAGUUUUAAAUUAGGUUUUCCUUUCACUAAGGCAAAACUGAUCCAUUGCAUUGUGAUUUUGCCAAACUGAUUAUUCAGUUUGUGAUCACUCCGUGAUUUGUUUCAGCAGGGUUGGUCCAAGCUCUGGGUUACCUUGAUUUAAGUUACACAAAUACAAAUCCACUUCUUAUAGGGGAGUUUGUUAUCACGCCUGCCAGGGCAGGCUGCUGACAUGCUGCCAAGACCAGGUUUAGCUCCGUGCACAGAGGGAAGGCAAGCUCCCAGCUGCCAAAUUCCUCUUCCAAAGUUCCAGGCACAGCAAAUUCUAGUCCCCUGAACUAACAGCAUUGUUGGAAACGUAAAGCUGCUCAGCCAGACUAGAUGCUUACUGUCCCAAUCACCACCUCAUUUGCAGAACAAGUGAUGUUUUCCAGAGCUCCAGGGAGAGGCAAGAAAGACGAGUAAAAGCUAUCCAUUUCUCUCCCCUGUGCCCUCCCUAACUGGCUCCUAGAGGUGGUCACAUAGGUUUGCAAGCUGUUGGCUUUAAGGCAUUUAGGACUAAACAGUAGUUUUGGGGAAAACUGAGCACAACAAAAACCUUACAAUCCAACAGCUCAGACUUGUUUCAAAAGUUAAUUUUAAGACAUAAAACACAACACAUGCUCCAGUGCGUACUACGCAGAUUAUAAAGGACACAGAUUAUUACCGCAUUUAAGGUGAGCGAUGCAUUAUCCCACUUAGCACUAGUGCAUUACACACCUCCUCUGUACCAUUCACCAUCAUUACAAGGAUUGGAAAUGAGGAUCGCAGGGAGAAGAGCUCCGAAGUCCUCCAUAAAGCAUGCAAAGUGGCAGGCCCUUAAUUUAGCUACUUUACAGAUGGCUGACUUUUAUAGAAAAUUAAGUGGCAAAAAACUUCUGAGUUCUGUUGAGCAGAGAGCUUCACUCCUGCUAUAUGCGUAACCCAGUUAUAUUCCCUUAGAAAUAUUGUGCUACAGUGACUUUUAAAAUGUCUCAAAAAAGCGGUUUGGUGGUAGCCAGGCAUGGCAUUGUGGUACUUGACUUCCUUCCUCCCUCCCACUUUGUAAACAAAUAACCCCCCUCCAUGUGCCCUGUGCAUCUAACCCACAUCACCUGCUUCUCGUCAAGGUUUGCUCUCUCACAAUAACACUGUCACAGCCUUAAACAGAGGGUGUCUUCCCAGCAAGUGCUGCUUAAGUAGCAACAGCACGAUACCCCCAAAAGUGGGGAGGAAUUCACAUCAUCGCGACGCUGAGAGGCAGACCCCCGGGCUGAAGCCCUCCCUCGGCUGCACCAGCCCCGCUCCCGAACACACAGCCUUUCCUCAGCCUUUCCUCGCCUGUUCAGCAGCAGUAACACUGCUGCAGCCACGUGCAAGCGCAAUGCUGAGCAAGCAAUACAUUCUCGUCACUCAAUAAAGUGACUACUGGAAGGACAGCCAGCACUGAUGACUAGCCAGCUUAAAACAAAACAGUAGUAUUAAAAAACACAUGAAAUUUGUUUUUCCUAUGACUGCUUGCAGGCAUAACUCAAGAGCAGCACUGGUUCCCUGCUUUCAGGAGGGCCACUUGCCUAAAACCUCACGUCCCCUCAUGCUGCGCUUUGAGGCGUGUGGAACACCAACGGGAGGCUUAUCCCUGCACACUGGCCGAGCACUGCCCGGUGGUGGGAAUCCUGUCCUGCUGCUCCAGGGAAGGGUUUCAAAAUAUGUCUCUAAAUCCUGAGAUUUGAGAUCCAAAUUCAACCCUUCCUUGGAUUUGCGUUCAACUCCUAUAAAUUGCCCUUGAAAGCAAAACCCAGCCUCCUGAACCCAGUAUUUCAGAGAGCAGGGACCGAUUACUGUCUCUGGGAUAAUAUUUGUUUUAAUCAGCUGGUGUGAUACACAUGGAAGUCAAACAAAACCAGUGGAGUUGUACAGCUGUGAAGAAAGUCAAGCUCUUACCCCUUACUGUGUUGCAAACCAAGUGACAGUCAUUCGGUCUGGGUCGCAUUGUACUGUCACAUGUACUGUCUCCCCGUGUGCUGGUGUAAGGGCGUGAAGCACGGUAAGCCUGUACCAUUUUAGAGUUGUAAAUGUGAAGCUGGCUGUACAAUGCUGCUACGAUAGCCACAUGUCAGUAGUGAAUGUAAAUGGAGUCUGUAAUAUGGUGAAAAUGGACACGUUUUCUUUUCAAAUGUGAUGUAAACUUUGUACAGUAAAUUUUUUUUUUAUAUUUUCUAUCAACUGAGUGUCUUCCAGAAUUGCUAUUAAAUUAAUUAAAAAUUGUUAGUAUUAAUAACAGUUUCUGUAUUAGUUUAUGCAAUCAGAAAAAAAAAAAGAAAAAGAAAAAGAAAAAGAAGUGCACUCUAUGCUAAUAAAAUUCUGGGUAUGUAGGAAUCUUUUCAGUGAAUAAAUCUUUGCUCUGGAUAAACCAAG